UCUGCUGCUCGGGCAGAGCUGCAUUUUUUUUUAUAUUCCACCUUGACCCUCCCGCUCGGUUUCUCGCUGCUGGUGCCCCCUGCUUCGGACAUGACCCUGUGUCGGUUUGUCCUGACCUGCUGGGCUCUGUGGAGAGCGACAGUCUGGGCCAGAGCUGCGGUGUCCCCGGACCCGCUUCGGGCACCUUCCGACGGGAUCCCCUUCGAGUACCACCGGUACCCGGAGCUGCGCGAAGCGCUGGUGGGGGUCUGGCUGCAGUGCCCGAGCAUCAGCCGCAUCUACACGGUGGGCAAGAGCUUCGAGCAGCGGGAACUACUGGCCAUUGAGCUGACGGACAAUCCCGGAAAGCACGAACCAGGGGAGCCAGAAUUUAAAUAUGUUGGCAACAUGCACGGGAACGAGGCAGUGGGGAGAGAGCUCCUUGUCUUCUUGGCACAGUAUCUAUGCAAUGAAUAUCAAAAAGGAAACGAAACAAUUGUCAGUUUGAUCCACAGCACGCGGAUACACAUCAUGCCUUCCAUGAAUCCUGAUGGCUUUGAGAAAGCAGCUUCACAGACCGGUGAUCUGAAGGAUUGGUUUGUGGGUCGUACCAAUGCACAAGGAAUAGACCUCAACAGAAAUUUUCUCGAUCUUGACAGGAUUGUCUAUGUGUAUGAAAGAGAAGGAGGGCCUAACAACCAUCUCCUGAAAAAUAUAAAGCUUUCUGUGGACAGAAACUCCAAGCUUGCACCGGAGACCAAAGCCAUCAUUCACUGGAUCAUGGAUAUCCCAUUUGUUCUCUCAGCCAAUCUUCACGGUGGUGAUGUCGUUGCGAAUUAUCCCUAUGAUGAGACUCGCACUGGUUCUACUCAUGAAUAUAGUGAGUGCCCAGAUGACAAGAUUUUUAAAAGCCUGGCUGAGGCAUAUGCUUCUUUAAAUCCAGUCAUGUCUACUCCAAAUAGACCACCAUGCCGUCAGAAUGAUGAUGAUACCAGCUUUAUUGAUGGAAUAACCAAUGGAGGAGCAUGGUACAAUGUUCCAGGGGGUAUGCAAGACUUCAAUUACCUGAGCAGCAACUGCUUUGAAAUCACACUGGAACUAAGCUGCCAGAAAUUCCCACCAGAAGACUUACUCCCACAGUACUGGGCAGAAAAUAAAGACUCUCUCGUUAAUUACAUUAAGCAGGUGCACCGUGGUGUUAAAGGCUUUAUUCGAGACCUGCAUGGGAACCCAAUUUCGAACGCGACUAUAUCCGUGGAAGGCAUAAAUCAUGAUAUCACCUCUGCAAAGGAUGGUGAUUACUGGAGGCUUUUGGCACCUGGAAACUAUAAAAUCACAGCUUCUGCACCAGGAUAUCUAGCAAUAACUAAAAAAGUGGCAGUUCCUCUUAGUCCAGCCGUACCGGUUGAUUUUGCUCUUGAAUCAUUUUCUGAGAGAAAAGAGGAGGAGAAGGCAGAAAUAAUGGAAUGGUGGAAGAUGAUGUCCGAAACACUGAAUUUUUAAACAGAAGGCUUUUGCUCCUUUUCAAACACAUGCUUUAAUGGGAAGUGGGUGGCAUUGCAAUCUCUUUUUUUAGACGUCAAAUUAAUUUCAUGUGUUUAAUAUUAUUUGAGUACAGUAGGAAGUGAAGACAUUAUGUGAGGUGAAUAAUCUGGUAUCCCACCUGCCUUUAUCGAGCGACCUCUUCAGCUGCAAUAAAUGCUGCCAUUUGGUGGAGAUUCCAUUUCGCUCAUCUUAUUCAAAAAUUAAUUUCCUUCCUCAUUAGACAGUUUUAGAUAAUGGUGGUCACUGUCAAUGUGUCUUUGUAUCCCUGUUAUAAUUUGUUUAGUGAUCCCAAAUAAUGUGUCAUGACUCAACAUAUCAGGGCUUAUUUGGAAGGGAAAGGAAGACUUGCAUUCAUCAUGUAAUUUUAUAAUUUAAGGGUGUAAUGUGCUCACAAGUGUAUGGAACUGAAAGUGUUCAAAGUGAAGGGUUACGUCUAUCCAAGAUUUCAUUAUGAGGUAAAAGGAUAGGAGCACGUCAUGUUGGCUGUGAAUUGCAGAGUUGUUGUUGCUUAGUGUAUGAAGAUGUUAAUGUUCUGUAAUGGUUUGAACAUGACAUAUAAAUGACCUUAAUCAACCCAACAGAAAUGGGGCUUUCCACAGCAAAUUGUGAAACUUUCAGACUGAGCCCUUGGGAGACAAAACUAUUUUACUCUUCUCAAGAUUGUGAAAGUGCAGUUUAAACUAUGUGUAUGAACUUCACACUGUUGCCCAGUAAUAAGAAAUAAUUAAGUGGUUGAACUUAUCAUUUUAGGGAAUGUAAAUGUAUUAAAUAGUGCGUAAAGAGUAUGAUGCAGUUUAUGUGUUCUCUUAAAAAUUCAUUUUGCAGUUAGCUAAAACUAAGGACAGUACCAUAUGAUUGUAAUGGGAAUCUGACAUGCUCUGUCUUUUUAACUGUCUAACAGUACAAAGUUCAUGAUAUUAGUGUCUCAUUUAUUUUAGAAAGUGAUUUCAGACCAUCAUACAGGAUAAUUCUCCAUGCAUUAAAACAAUGUUGGGGUGUAAUAUUAUGUCCUGUUUCUAAAGUUAAACAUUACAGUGUUACCUCAGAAGUAGAUAAGCAAAGCUGCUGCAUAUAUUUAUGUCCUUAUAUAAGUAAAAGUAUACUAACCUGUCCAAGGUUUUGCUGUUUAUUGUCUUAGUAAUAAAGGUGAAAUG